UAAUCCCCUCGACAAUUGCGGCACACGCAGCCCACCAGCAGAUGGCGGUCUACGCCCAGAGCAUGAGCUCGCCCCACGUCGCCCAGCACACCUCUCCCACCAUCAACCAGCUUCCCCCUGCCCAGCGCAGGCAGGCCUCUCGCCAGCGUUUCGUCGCUGAGCUCUCCCAGUGUCUCUACGAUUUUGUCAUUCAGCUUCUCCCGACGCCAGAAGAGCUCUCGGUGAAAGAGGAUGUCCGCAAGUUACUCGAGCGUCUUAUUCGCACCAUCGAGCCCGACAGCCGUCUAUUGUCUUUCGGCAGUACCGCCAAUGGCUUCAGUCUUCGCAACUCUGACAUGGAUCUCUGCUGCUUGAUUGACUCCGAUGAACGGCUCUCGGCUGCCGACCUGGUCACUAUGCUCGGUGACCUCCUUGAACGCGAAACAAAAUUCCACGUCAAGCCGCUCCCUCAUGCGCGAAUACCCAUCGUCAAGCUAUCACUCGAUCCAUCUCCGGGGCUUCCCCUCGGAAUAGCCUGCGACAUCGGCUUCGAGAAUAGACUCGCUCUGGAGAAUACCAGACUUCUCUACUGUUACGCCAUGAUUGAUCCUACCCGCGUCCGCACCCUUGUUCUCUUCCUCAAGGUUUGGUGCAAGCGGAGAAAAAUCAACUCUCCCUACCAAGGCACGCUGUCAUCAUAUGGUUAUGUCCUCCUGGUCAUCUAUUUCCUUGUACAUGUCAAGAAUCCACCAGUCCUUCCUAAUCUACAACAAAUGCCUCCAUUACGUCCCAUAUCACAUGAGGACUCACAUAUCGGAGAGCAUAAUACUUGGUUCUUCGACGACAUCGAGCUGCUGCGACAGAGGUGGCAAUCCGCAAAUACGGAUAGUGUCGCCCAAUUAUUGAUCGACUUUUUCAAAUACUUCUCGAGAGACUUCCUGUACAAUACUGGUGUGGCGUCAAUACGGGCAGGGCUCCUUAAGAAGGAGACAAAGGGGUGGCAGAACGACCUCGAUCCUCUGAGAUAUAAGGAUUCCAGAGAACGAAAUCGUCUCUGCAUCGAGGACCCUUUUGAGCAGGACUACAAUGUGGCGCGAUGUGUUACGCGGGACGGCCUGUACCUAAUUCGAGGUGAAUUCAUGCGCGCCUCAAGAGUGCUAACGAUGCGACCGGAACGGGCUAUCGUCGCCAUCGCCCAACUUUGCGAAGAGCGUGUAGGAGACGCAAUCCCAAUAGCAGGAUCGCAUCCUCCCUUCGUCCCUCCGAGAUUAUCGCCCUUGCCGCCACAGACCCCAUAUACAGUGGGCAGCAACCCCACCCGAAACGAUGUCUCCGUGCCCAUCCCAGAUCGCCUGUCGCCUAGUCAGGGUCAAGUUCUGUCACGGACUUCGGCGCUCUCGCCUACACCGGAGGCGGGGCCCUCGACAUCGACGUCGCAUCCUGAACAUAUGGCACCUAGACGCGGGAAAUGGACCUCGCCGCCACCCCCCGAGGCGCCUGAAGCCGAUCGAACAUCGUUCGAGAACAGACUGGGGCUAGGACUUGAAUUGGCUACAGCGUCGACCGAUGCGAGACAGGAAACGUCCUACGCGUCGUCCUCGAAUAACAGCGAGAUCCUCACAGAUGAAGAUCCGCUGGAUACGGACGACGUUCUUUCUGUUCAGUCGAUGGCUGAGGAACCUUCUUCCGCUCGUGCGGCUCGAAUACGAACGAUGGGCGGGAUAUCAGACUCGCUGCCUAAUGGUCAUUAUAACCAUUCGCCACAGUCGCCACAGUCGGCUAUCCCGACUUAUCUUCACCAGUAUCAUCUUCAUCACCACUCCCAACAACCAGAUCCUGCCGCAUUCUUUGCGAACGUGAACCACGGUCACGUAGGACAGAAUGGGGUUUCUGCACCUGCAUUUGUGCCGUUCAUGCGAGGUCGGCAGCAGUUUAACUUCAGACUUGCGGACAAGUUGAAUGAGGGCCAGCCGGUAUCGCUUUCGCCUGUCCUCGGUUCUGGACAUGGACAAGGGCACGGACAUAUCGGUCAGUCGGGCGCUAUUCCAAGACAUAUGGAACGGAUGGCCAACGCAGCCGCUGCUCGAUUGCCCACAGCCUCGACAUCAUCCUCAUCCUCAACAGCGACGCUGAACGGGUCUCCGAGCAGGAGGUCGAUCUCUGGACCCGCAAGGACUCGGACGCAGUCGAAUCGGGUUCAGAGCUCUACAAUGGGUGGUAUGGGUACACCGUCCUUUGUCCCUGUCGCGUUGGUGACGCCUUUACCGCCUUCACCGCAGGAUGCCCAGGAGCCGUCGACGAGCCCUCCGCAUGUGUUUUACGAGACGUAUCCGACGAAAGAGAAUAUACCCCAUUCGCAGGCUCAAUCUCCUUCACAGACGCAGAGUCAUAGCCAAGCACAGUCCCCGUCACAGCAGUAUUCGUCGCCGUCGCAUUUGCAAAUGCAAUUGCAGCAUCAUUUCCAGCAGUAUGCACAUCAGCAUUCACCUCAACACCUGUACUCACAACAACAGUCACAACAACAUAUGCCGACGUUCGUACCUACGCACGAUCUUUCUCAGCAGGUUAUUCAUGCGCCGAUUAGUAGUAAGAGGAGAGCGAAGCUGCCGGAGAUGAUGGUUCCAUCGCCAUCGCCGACGGUGACACCUUCGCAGUCGCAUUUCUCUGUCACUUCUAAUCUUACCUCCUCCAACUCCGCGUCUUCACCGACCCAUACUCCUCAGCCGUCUCGGUCUCCAUAUACUGUUCAUCUCCCUCCAUCACCGCUUUCAACAGGACCCUCGAGCCCGUUAUCACAGCCACAGCAUUCACAUCCUUCGUUCAUUCCGCCUCAUCCUUCAUUGGCUUCGUUACCCCCGAGACCUAGUCCUCCAUUACAACAGCAACAUCAUUCACAUUCGCAUUCGCACUCUGCGGCGACGAUCAUUGCGCCGACGACGCCUGGGAGGGGAGCCUUCUUUGGACGUGAUGCCGUCCUGCCAGGUGACCUCUCGUCGAAUUCGCGGUCUAGGAGUAGGUCGAGGAGUAGGUCAAGAUCGCGGUCGUCGCCUCCACCUCAGACUCAAAGUCAACAGUCGAAGUCGAAGUCUUUGAGGAGCCAGCUCGACCCCACCGUCCCUCCGUUUUCGCUCCCGAAGGAGGCGUCACAUGUGCUCCGUGCUCUGCGAGCAUCGAGGGGGGAACCUGUGUCGCAAGCAGAACCUCACUUGCAAUCGAACGGUCAUUCAGACUCAUACUCACCUCCACAUCCCCCCUUACCUCAGAGUAACGCCCCCGCGAGCCUCUUGGAUCCAUCGAGUCUCAUCUCGUCCGCUACACCCACCCACACCCACACCCAGGAUCACACCCUUCCUCGUGCUCACGACUCCCUCGUCCGAUCUCAGCAGCCUAAUGGCAGUGGCGCCACAAAAUGCGUCUCGGUCUCGCUCGAAUCCGCCUCCGUAGACUCGACGAACUCGGAAUCGCCUGCGCCUUCGUCAUCGGAGAGUUCGCAGUACGAGCCUUCGGCUUCGGCGUCGCCGAUGUCGAGCUCGCCGUCUUCGCCGGUGCAGGGGAUGGGUGUGGAUGCGUUCGUUGGGGGGAAGGUGGGUGUUGUUGGGGUGGGUGAAACGCAGGUGGGUGUGCAUGGUGAUGAUGGGAAUGGAGAGAAGGAGGAGGUUGAGAGGUUGGAGCUGGAGUUGGAGAUCCAGCCGAUGUCGGAGAAGGUGGAGACAAGGACGAUGAACGAAGAGAAGGAUCAGAAGGUUGAGAUGAAGGCGGAUGUUGAGACUGAGGUUGUGGAAGUGGAGUCCAGAGGCGGAGAGAAAGUCGAACAGGAUGCCAGCGCACAGACUAAGGGUGAUGACGUUGUCACUCCGACUCUCCCUCUGGCUGAGAACAUCAGUGUGGACGUCGGGGAGACGAGGGCACGGGGAGACGAGGUGUUAAGCAAGAACGAUGUGGCGCCGGUGGAGAAGGAGAAGAUGGAUGCGACGAAGUGUGCGUUGGCUUCAACUGGGAGACCUAAUGGUUUAGUGAAGGCAGAAGAAGACGAAGGACGAUAGUAUCUGCGACCGUGCAUCUGCGGAUAGCUGUUCUGCGUAAUGUUUCGACUGCGAUUCACUGGUGGGUCGCAGUUCCUGACGUUCGAGGCGUCCAAAGCUCACAGACUCGGCCGAAUCUUGCUGCGUCCGCGGUCUAUUGAUGCUUGUUCAGUGCUCCUUCCAUCCGUCUCGAAGAGUUUGUGCAUGGGCGUGCGUGUCUUCUGAUAUCACUGUGCCACCCAAGGCUGCGUAAUAGCAUCUCACCAUCCGUCGUUGGUUCAUUCAUCAAUCGUUCCGGGUUUUCCAUGCGUGUCCUCAUAUUGGGUCCUCGGCUUCUCGGUUUCCCGUCUUCGCAGUAUGCAAUCCUUCUUCCUCACUCGUCAAAUAUCCUUCCCAGUGUAUCUGCUUUCUCUGCAUUCACGCUCCAAGGUUCUUCAUCUAGAUCAUGUCUGUCUGACUCAUCUCUGUCCUAUCGUUUCUAUGUGGAAUCCAUUUCGCACCAUUCGUAUCUCUGUUUCCCAAUCUGUGUUGCAUCUGCCUUCCGGUUCCAUUAUUGCCAUCGGCGCUCAGCAUUCGGAGCUUCUUCUCUGCUACUCUGUCCUUUCUUUGGCUCCCUCCAUCAUUCGCCGUCGACCAACUUGCCCACUUCCCCAUAUUCACAUGAUGAAUCGAAAAGCUUGCCUGCCCCAUACUGUACUUUUGUUUUCUUCUUUGCUGUCGCUCAGACCCCACCCACCCAAAUCAAUCCAAUCCAAAACUCUUGUGUAUAACUUUAUUAUCCUGUUCGGAUUUCUUUUCAAUAACUUACAUGGGCCUUUUUCAAACUCAUUAACAAACAACCACUCUCACUCGCCC